CCUCAGCAUGGACUGCCUGAUGUCUUCAUCUCAAUGAUAAUGGACGACAGAAGAAUUGGGUUCGCCGGAAUUCCAGCGCGCGACCUCUACUUUUCUGUCUGCGAGCCGGAAAGAGGAAAGUGGGCCGGUCAACUGGCCACAUUUUUCAUUCGGAUGAAUCAGCCGCCAUCUUCUGGUGGAACCGACCUUCGAAUCUCUUCCCGCAACGCUUUCACUCGUAAGGGAAACAACCUAUUUAAAAAGGAACUCCGUCAAACUGAUGCCAGAGCCUUGGCAUCAACAGCCUCCCAAAAUGCUGUCCAGAGGAGGUGCAACCCUCGGAAGCAUAACCGAACUCACAAAGAUCUUGGUUGUCUGUCCGCCAGGCAAGCGGUGCCGCACAAACGGACCUCUUUCUUGGACCAAAACCAUCGGCCGACAAAACCGACGACGACGUGUAAUGGCGACAGGAGCAUAAACUUGGCGCGUCUACGUUGUGGCAGUUGGCGAAGACUCGGCGAAAAAGACGUAGCGCCAACAUUGCAAUCAGCAGCAUCAUCAGUUUUCGUACGACCAGACCAUUUCUCUAUGACUCAGAACGGGCAUGGCGGAGACGCGUCUAGAGCCAUCCACGUGGCAGUGAUAUUGGGUUGCCAUGGCCGAAUCUAG